AUGAAAAUCCUAUGGACCGGCCCUGAUUCCAAUGUACCAAUACCCACCCUUUCGAAUGUUGUAGCUCAAUCUUUCCGUGGUGUUCCGUCCUCAUUAUCAUCAAAAUUUGAAAAGAAAAGAAAGCGGGAAAUCAGGGCCUGGUUCAAACAGCGCUCUUUCGUCAUAACCGCCGCCGCAGCCACCGCCACAGCCGCCAUUCUGUUGUUCAUCCACAGAUUCUAUUCAUCGAUCAGUUCUAUAUGUCAAAUGGGGAGUUACUCAUUGCUAGAUGAACUUGCUAAUGAGUGA